AUGGGUCUGAGUCCCUGGGAAUGGCGGCUACAGACAGGCCCUACAAAGAUGCUUCGAACUGGACCCGCUCUGCUCCCCAUGGGUAAACUCACAGAGAAACAGGAACGGAUAACAACAGAACACUGGGAAUCAGUUGGAACACUGGGCAUCAGCAAUUUUGCACAGGAUGCUCUGAGGAAUAUUUACCGUAGUCUGCCUGAGGGCGGGACAAAGUUGAAAAAGCAAGAUGAGUUUGGCGCUUUGGAAAGUGUGAAAGCUGCCAGUGAACUCUCUUCUCCAUCAGGAGAAGUAACUGAAGGUAAGAAAGUCCCUGCGGAAAGUCCAGGGCUUGUCAAGAAAUCUUGUUAUAAAGAUGCUUGGCGGAUGAAGGUGACACUGAGCAGCCCUUCAGAACUAGGUGUUUACAUGAUUGAAGAAGUGUACGAGAAAUACCUGCAAUCGAUUGAGUGA